AUGAAAAAGAAAAGCCGUAAACCUCUAUAUAAACGAAACCGUCCGAAGGUGGAAGCACCGGUCGAAGAUGAGCCGGCUGCGAUUAAGAAUGCUCCUCACACGUUCGUUAUACGACGAGGAGAACGGUGCGCGUCGAUUGCACGAUUGUCUCGCGAUUUCCGUCGCAUGAUGGAACCUUUCACUGCAGCGAACCUACGUGAGCGACGCAUCAACAAGGUGAAAGAUUUUGUUCAUCUAUCCGGAUUCUUUCACGUUUCGCACAUGUGCGUGUUUUCAUUGUCGUCGCAAACGCUAUCACUAAAAAUUAUACGCAUGCCGAAGGGCCCAACGCUCACGUUUAAGUUGCACCAGUACACGUUGGCAAAGGAUGUUAUUAGCAAUACGCGCAAGCAGUUUGUGGACGAAGAAUGCUUUAAAACGCCACCGUUGGUCAUUUUAAACAGCUUCAGCGGCGAAGGGAAACACUUGAAGCUAAUGGCCAGCACGUUUCAAAACAUGUUUCCGCCAAUUAAUCUGUCCAAGAUAAAACUUUCUACGCUGAAACGUUGCGUGCUGCUGUCAUACAAUCCGGUUAGCAAAUUGAUUGAUCUACGGCAUUAUUCAAUCACAGUGGUGCCGGUAAACUUGAACAGAGGCGUCAAGAAGCUGGUUACGCGCAACAUACCCAACUUGGGACGAUUUGAAGAUAUAGCUGAUUUUGUGGAAAAAGGACAUCUUCUUUCCGAGUCGGAACUGGACGAUGAAGAGGCGCACGUAGUUCUGGCACAGAACCUGAAGUGUGGCAAUUUGGCCGAAAAUCAAUCAUCAUUACGUCUGCACGAGAUUGGCCCACGUAUCACGAUGCGAUUGAUGAAGAUAGAGGACGAUCUUAUGACGGGCGAGGUGCUCUACCAUGAUUACAUCGAAAAGGAUGCUAUCGAAGUGGAGACCAUACGAAAGAAGCGAGCACAACAGCGCAGGCUUAAGGAGCAGCGUAAACAUAAGCAGGAAGAGAAUUUAAAAAAGAAGGAAAAAGAUAAAGAGCAUCACCGUGCCAAGACUUCGAAACAGGUGCAAAAGGGUGGUGAAAUUACAGAGGAGGACAAAAAGUUGCUGAAGGACGCUGAAGAAGCCGUGGGCGAUGUAUCGGAUGAAGAUGAUCGCGAAUACUAUCGUAAGGAGAUCGGCGACAAUCCGGAUGAAGAGUUGUUCGAAUCGGCCGGUGGCGGCAAUCGUAAGCGACCUUUCAUUCCAAAGGGUUCGAAUUAUUCGCUGAAGCCGAAGAAACCUCGGCUAGAUAAGCGCAAACAGUACGAGGAAGAUGAUCGGAUGGCCAGACAGGAUAUCAAACGCAGGAACAACGAAGGAAAAGAGAUGAAGGGCAAAGGGAAAUUCGGUAGAAAAGGCACGAAAGAUGAUUUUAGAGGUAAAUCAAAGUAUAAUUCUAGUGGAAAAAAUGCCAAACGCGGACCGAAAAAGGUCGGUGGUAAAAAAUCUUCCAAACAAAAGAAAUAA